AAAAAAUAGUGGUUCCCGCUACUCCCGAUACCAUUUUCGCUAUUGGAAGUGUGACCAAAACGUUUGCAGGUCUGCUCGCUGCUCGUGAGGAAGAACUUUCCAAUGAUCCGGCUUUUUUAGACACCAGCCUUUCCGAACACCUCAAUGCUGAAGACGGUUGGUCUCCAGAGUUCCUAAAGUACAACAAGGUUCGCAAUGUCGCCACACACACUUCCGGACUGCCAUCGAUGCCUUCGCAGUUCAUGGCCUCGUUCAUGCGCGCUUCUGUGGUGGACCGGUUUAGCUCCACCAUGUUUUCGGUACGUAAAGCAUUCCGUCGAAUCAUUAAAAAUGUAGAACAAGAACAGGAAGUGGAUGUUGAAGGCGGGGACGAAGCUCCUGUGACUCCUGAACACAAAGACAAAGAACACCAGCAUCUUGAGGAACACGAUGUUGGACCAGAGAAUUCGGAUCCGGAUGCCAUUGUUUCUUGGGUGGGCAUUGAGGAGAUCAAGGUAAUGACGCAUGAAGCAUGGCCUGUGCCUAAAACUCAACAACUUGAACCUGCUGAAGAAAAGAUGUGUGAAGCUCCUGAAGAAGACCGCAAGGCUACAGCAGCUGGUGAGGAACCUGCAGUGGAAAAGGCUGGGACCGAAAUGAGAAACGUUGCUUCGACUGUCAUUUCCUUGAAUGGAGAAGGAGCUACGAAUGACGAGAAGGAAAGAGAACAAGCAGAAAAGGAGAAGGAACAAGCCGCAGAGGCCGCUAAGAAGCAGAUCUGGUCUUACAGUAACGCUGGUACCGCAAUUCUCUGCGAAAUCCUGAGGAAGCGUGAGGAAGAACGUACGAUGAAGCAGACUUCUGAACAUGACGCUUCCAAUUCCGCUGCUGCCUCUGGUCAAGAACCUCAAGAACGCGAACAAGAGCCUCCACAGAAGAAGUCUUCUCUUGCCUAUUCUGACCUUGUGAAAGGCGUGAUUUUCGAGCCUCUGGGCAUGUCCUGUUCUGGACUCUACGUGAAAGAACAGGAACAAGCUCUCAAGGAGCAGUUGGAGGACAAGCAAAUCGCUGAUGGUGUGCAAGACAUGGG